GGGGACGUCUCCGGUGUAACGGGGGUGCAUCCGGGCGUGCACGGGAGCAAGCUCCUCGCGGAGCGUCGAGGAGAGGUUCGACAUUUGCGCAGUUAGCGUUGAGGAAAAAAUCAAAACAAUCAAGAUGGCCGACCCGAGCAGCGAGGUAGCAUCGUCGAGCGGCGUCUCGGACACGGCGGCCACGGCCCCGCCGAUACGGGACGAGCUAGAGAAGGUCGAGGAAUUGCUCGGACCCGAGAAGAAGCGACGCAAGCUCUUGCGCGCCGAUGGGAAGGCCGAGCAAAAACUGGAGCACCGACUGGGCGGUAUCCUUUGCUGUGCCGUGUGCCUCGAUCUGCCCAGGGCGGCCGUCUACCAGUGCACGAAUGGACACUUGAUGUGCGCCGGUUGCUUCACUCACGUCUUGGCCGACGCCAGGCUGCGAGAUGAACUGGCUACGUGUCCUAACUGCAGGAUCGAGAUCAGCAAGACUUCGGCCUCCAGGAACCUCGCCGUCGAAAAGGCCGUCUCGGAAUUGCCGGCCGAGUGCCAGUACUGCGGCAAGGAAUUCCCCCGGAAUUCCUUGGAACGUCACGAGGCACUGUGCGAGGAAAGGAUAUGUAGCUGCAAGUACAGCAGAAUCGGAUGCCCAUGGCGAGGCCCGAACCACGAGGGUCCGGAACACGAGGCUCUCUGCGUCCAUCCUCAUCGAACCGGGGCGGACGUGAUGGAUGCUCUGAGAGACAUCGACGCCAGGACCCUGGAAGAACGGCGACUCUACGACAACGUUUUCGAUCUCUUGUCUUACGAGAAGAUCACGUUUAAUGAUCUACAGAUGAAACCGUACCGCACCGACGAGUUCGUCCACAAGCUCUUCUACGAGACUUCUCGCUUCACGGCGUUCAAUAAUCAGUGGGUCGUCAAGGCUCGGAUCAACAACAGUCAGCGUGACCCUACUCAAAGCUCGGAGCGUGACAUGACUUAUCAGCUAAUCCUGAAGACUAAGACGACGUAUCCUCUGCCUCUUCACUACUUGAUCCUGAAGGGACCUUUCGGCGACAUGAAGGUCCAGCCGAGGAUCCACCGAUUCGACUUCACGGAGCAGGACAACGAGAGUCCCUAUUUACCCCUUCCUCUUCCCGACACGGCAGAAUGCAAUAGACUUCUCGCAGCGAAAGCCAUCAAUUUCCGAUUAAUCAUGUUCUUGGCGUCUAAGUAGCUUGGUCUCGGGGCCCUCGCCUGCCACGAGUGAGCGCGUUCACACAAAUCCUUAGUUCUAACGAUGUUAAAUGAUAUAGAUUUAUUAUCGUUUAUAUAAGCACGAUAAUAAUAACGCUAACGACAUCGCUGUCAUCAUUAGAACUACUGCGAAGCCUAACGUUACGUUCCACUCGACGAUUACUCGGUUGCGUCUGCUGGGCGAAUCGGUUGAUAAGACCUCUAAGGAUCCUCACGAGGGCGACGGAAGAAGAAAGAGGGGAAGAGAGAAGGAACCGCGAGUUACGGUAACGCAGUAAACCGUAAGGCAUAACCUAAAGCGUAGUAGAAAUAUAUUUAAGCCCCUAGAUGUCGAAGGGAAGGAUGUGUUGGGCGGGACGGAAAUAGGGAAACUGAGAGGACCGUCGGAGGUACUCGGUUGGGAUAACUUCUUAUCACAGUCGGUUAUCUCGGUCAUUUUCUCUCGAUCGUUUCGCCUUAGGUUUUGCGACGGCUCGACAACUUGUUUCCUUGUAAGUUUCUCGAGAAGUAGGCAAAUGACGAAUCAUGCUUUGCGUAGACUGUUUAGGUAAGUACGUUAUCAGCCUGUCAGAGCCUAUUACCAGUAAUUACCAUUACCGUUAACGCCAUCCUUAUUAAUUGUCACCUACCCGUAUGCUGGGUGUCACAGGUACGAAUCCAGUAUAUCCGAUAUUGUAAUCACGUAGAUUGAAAUAAAUUUACUAUCAAAGAG